AAAUAUUCCCUCUUCGUGCCAUGGAUUGAUUCUCCACAUAUAGAACGCUUACACCCUGUCCAUCUCAUACAACCCACUGCUUUCCGUUUCUUUCUUCUUCGGUGAUGGUUCCAGAAUUGGAGAAACCUCGAGUCACUGAGAUACAGGUCCGGAUGGACUGCAAUGGAUGCGUACAGAAGAUCAAGAAAGCUCUUCUUGGUAUCAGUGGUGUAUAUGAGCUCUACAUUGACUUCCCUCAGCAAAAGAUAACUAUAAUUGGGUGUGCUGAUCCUGAGAAAAUAGUCAAAGCCAUAAAAAAGACAAGAAAGACUGCCAUCAUUUGUUCCCACACAGAACCACCUGAUCCACAAGCUCAGCCAUCAGACCCAGAUAACCAAGGAGAGGGCACCGCCCCAGGAGUCCGCCCAACCCUCCUCAACAAGAGUCUGCUACCCCUCCUCCAUCAGAAGGCCCACCAACUGAAGAGGGCAUCACCAGCAGAGGCACCAAAAGAUCCACCGCCACCAGCAGAAAGUCCAAAACCAGAUGCUGCAGAGGCUCCAGCGAGCAAGCCAGUUCAUCCUCAGGACCAAAAGAUGUUGAAGAGGUUUUCAUUAUUUAGGCCCGAGCCACCGGCACCGGCACUGGCACCUGCACCUGCACCCGCACCCCCACCCACUUACGUAACUCAUAGCUACAACACACACAGGGCAUCACCUUACGUCACUGGAUACGAGUAUAUAAGGCCUCCACCACAAUAUACACAUUCUACAAGGCCAGAGAGCUAUCAGCAACCACAGUACAGUGUGCACUAUAGCAGGCCGGCUGAGAGCUAUCCGCUGCCACCACAGUACACACAUUAUAGCAGGCCAGAGCGCUACAGGGAGGACUAUCAUUACGGUAACAAUGGAAAUGGAAAUAUUACUUCAGUUUUCAGUGAUGAAAAUCCAAAUGCGUGUAGAAUAGCCUAG